AUGCACAAUUUUAUAAAUCGUUACAUAAGAAUGAUUUGUACGCAUGGCUUAAGAUGGUACAGAAAAUGCCUUCAGUUAACUUUACCUUCUUAUUUGCAAAAGGCCAAUACAUCUACAUCAAAUGCAGGCAACGAUAAUUCAGUCAAUCAUAUUGUUUGGAUAGAUAUGGAAAUGACUGGACUUCAUGUUGAAACAUCCCAUAUAAUGGAAGUUGCCUGCAUAAUUACAGAUAAAAACUUAAAUGUUAUAGUUAUACAUCAACCGGAUGAAAUACUAGAUAAUAUGAAUGAUUGGUGCAUGAAGCACCAUAAAGAGACAGGUUUAACCGAUGAAUCACGUUUAAGUAAAACUAGUGUACGAAAUGCUGAAAAAAUUCUACUUAAUCAUCUACAAAAGCAUGUAAAAAUAGGAUCAUGUCCACUUGCAGGCAGUUCUGUUUAUAUGGAUCGUAUGUUCUUAUAUAAAUAUAUGCCGUCGGUUAAUAAUUACUUGCAUUACAGACUUAUAGAUACCUCUACUCUCAAAGAAUUAAUAGUAAGGUGGAACUUGAAUGUUCCUGAGUUUACAAAGAGUGCUGAACACAGAGCAUUGUCUGAUAUAAAAGAAAGCAUAAAAGAACUAGAAUAUUACAAAAAAAAUCUAUUUAAUUUAUAAACAUUACACCGUAUAGUCGUUAUACUUAUGCAUUGAUUAUUGAAUUAAUGUAUCAAGUUUUUAUAGUAAUUAAUAAAAACGUUCAAUAUAUCUCCUAAAAAAUAGA